ACCUACUUGCAGCGCUCUUCGACGCACCCGACAGCGCUCGGGCGGACGCUACUCUCUUUGAUCCUAGAUCUGCCCUCACCUUCGGAGAUCCUCCGUCUCUUAGACAUCCUGGGACCCUCAAUCUGCGUCGCGAAAAACACACAUCGACAUCCUGCCGUUCUCGGGGGCAGCGGGUUAAGGCGCAGUACGGCGGGGGGCGUGUACCGUAUCGCGCAGUGGGGCGCAUAUCACCAAUGCCCAUACCGUGCCCGGACCGGGAUUAUCGACGGCUUGAAGGAGGUUGCCGCUACGGUGGCACACCCCCGCGCGCUAUUGCUGCUCGCCGAGAUGUCGAGUAAAGGCAGUCUGGGCGGUGGGGAGUAUGCGGCGAAAAACGCUCGAGAUGGCGAGGGGGGGGAGAAGGAGUUUGUCAUGGGCUUCAUCGCGCAGGGCGCUAUGGAGAACAGGGAGGGGGGAGGCGAGGAUUGGAUUGUGAUGACUCCCGGGGUGGAUUUGGGACGGAAGGGCGAUGGGCUGGGUCAGCAGUAUAAUACGCCCGAGAGGAUUGUGGGCGAGAAGGGGAGCGAUAUUAUCAUUGUUGGAAGGGGGAUCAUCGGCGCUGCGGACCCGGUCACGACCGCGGAGGAGGUUGCGGGGGGUAAUUAAGGGAGUGGAUUGGGACACAAGCUUGCUCCGCAACGAAGGAUGCCUCCUCUCAUUCGCGCAACAUCCGAGAGAAUUGACUACGAUCGUGAUAGUGAACCGUCUCAGGUGCAUAGAAGAUCACUCAUCCGACUUUUCAUCUGAC